CCGCUUUAGUGGACGUUUGCGCGGAAGCAUGUUGCAUGAGUUUCUGAUGGUUUCUCUUUUCAAUUUCCAUUCACACUGGACACUUCUCUUGUUCUCACAAGUCUAUCAUAAUAAUAUAGUGUUGAUAUCCUGAGAUGACGGAGGCACGCGCUGUUUCUGUGUCUGGAGGUCUCGCGCUGCUGCAGCAGUGUCUGCGGGCAAAACUGCAGGUGAAACCCGAAGAGGAGCAAGAAGAGGCUCAGUUUGUCCAGAUCGACAGAGGAAUGGUGAUCUACAUCUGCUUCUUUAAAGGAGCCACAGACGACACCCUGCCUAAAAUGGUGUCCUCCCUCUUGAAUCUGCGUCUGUGCGAGUCCGACUCGGGGAAGAUGGUGUCGGUGCUGGAUCUCCCCGGCAGCGUGCUGAUCGUCCCUCAGGCCACGCUGGGAGGAAAGGUCAAAGGUCGAGCCAUGCAGUACCACAACAACAUCGGAAAAGAGGACGGAAAGCGGCUGUACGAAGCCUUCGUGUCUCUGUGUGAGAAGGAAGUGACUUCAGAGGAAGUGACGGUGAAACACGGGACGUACGGAAACAGACAAGUGCUGAACAUGGACACAAAUGGACCGUACACACACCUGAUGGAGUUCUGAGGAAAUGAAGCUUUGAUUGUGACAUUUGGAGCCUCUUAAUUAGUGUCUGAGUAUCUACCAACAGGCUGGAAACAGUGGAUGAGACUAUAUGGGUCGAGAGCUGCACAAUAACUUGAUCACCAGAAAAAAAAAAGUGCGACUAUUUUGUAUAUUGAGCAAAUGUUCAUGCAAAGAAAUUGCAGAAAAUGCUGUUUUCUACCUAAAAUAUGGACUUUCCCUGCUUGUCUCUGUUUGAUAUUAUAAUACAAUGAUUAUGUGAUGACUUGGAGAAACUUGAAUGGACAUUUCACUGUUUUCUGACGUGUUUUAGGACGUACAAUUAAUCUAGAGACUGAUCUCCAGAUAAUACAAAAUAAUUGUUA